GGUUGGUGGUCGAUGCUUAUCGUAGGCUUCUUCCCCCUUCUUUAAUGCAUUUCGGGUACAUAUUUUUUAUCUUGAGAUGCAAUCCGCCACGCUUGCCCGGCUCUGUUGCUGGUGACUAGGCCCUUUUGGCUCUGGCCGCCAAUUUCUCUUGGAGGAAUCAUUUUCGGUAGCGCGCAACUUGGAAAAAGCCGAACACCAAUACCCUAGUCUCCGAAAGUUGGUGGACAGCCGUCGGACAAUGUACACCUCCCGGUUACUCUGCCUUCCAAAGAACAUGCUAUGGGGACAGCCGGUUAUUUGCGAUCUGCAUCGGUCGGUCUCGCUGAGGAAUCAUCCAGCCGGAGAUUAGGGCACCCGAGGUACGGUUCAAUAUGGAUUGGGGCUCCAAGGUUGAUAUCUGGGGUCUUGGUGUCAUGGUGCGAGAUAUCUUCGAAGACAAACAUCUGUUCGACGCGCGCGACGAAGACGGAGGCUACUCACCCUCGCAUCAUGUGGCUGAGAUGGUGGCGUAUCUUGGGUUGCCGCCUGGAUCGUUUGUGCGACGGAGUCUGGAGACGCGCCAUGUUUUUACGGAUGAGGGUAAAUGGCUGGGUGCGGGCGGGGUCACUGUCCCUGCAACUUCCCUGCAGAAGGUAGAGGAGAACCUUACAGGAGAGAACCAGCAGAUGUUUCUCGACUUUAUGCGGUCGAUGCUGCAGUGGAUCCCUGAGAAGAGGAAAACAGCCCAGGAGCUGCUGGACGACGCCUGGCUGAAUUCGGGUUCUUAG